CACACCGACAGACCAGGCAGGCACUGGCAGCGACACGGACUCACACAAUACUUUUGGAAUUCACCGCGCUUUACUUCAAAUUCAAUAGUUAAGAGGCAAAUAUGGCGAGUGAAAACAUGGAAAUGAACGGAUCUGCCAACCGAGAGAGCGGAGGAGAGGAGCGGCGUCCAGGUCGCUUGAGUCGGAGGCCGGCAGGCAGCCCUAUAAACAUGAACCAGUAUGCUAAUAAGAAGAGUGCAGCAGAGAGCAUGUUGGACGUGGCGUUACUCAUGGCCAAUGCCUCCCAGCUGAAGGCUGUCCUGGAGCAGGGCCCAGAAUUCACCUUCUACACCCCCCUCAUCACCUUCAUCUCUGUGUCCCUCAUCCUGCAGAUCACUGUGGGCGUCCUGCUCAUAUUCAUUGGGCCUCCUAUUGUGUGGGUGGGAGAGUUAAAGAAUAGGACCAUUGGAGACAGUGUUUGUAUAUCCAUUGUAUUUCUCCUCUCAGUUGGUUCAAAUUAGGAAUACUUAGUUUAAUGUCCUAAGGCAGAAUUGCUAACAUUACAGGAGGUGUGCCUCUUUAUUGAGUCAGCAUGUGAAAAAUGCUUAACUGGGCUUCAACUCUCACAACAACUCCCACAACAACAUAUUGGCAUUCCUUUCUAGUGAGGCAUAUAAUUAAUGUCCUAGAUAAUCAUUCACCUGAGGAUAGGAAAUGUAAAAUGCUGUAUCUUCAUAUCACAUGGUUCAAUAAUGAUGAGUUAAAUAUGCCAACACUGGAUAUUUGAUGGUUCAAAAGCCAGGCCUCGGUCUGAUUAUUUAAAAGUGCAUCCUUCCUAUAGGAAGGCAGGAUCAGAAAUGACUGGACAGGUGAAUACCAUCCUGUGGUGGAGCCCUUGAGUUCACUUGUCCAAUCUUGUCUACUCACUCAGUGAUUUUGUCAAGGAAGGGGAAGAGGAAGAAUGCACUUUUAAGGAAUUCAAACAGGGCCCCAGUCUUAGAAACAACUCUGACAUAGCUCCCUCUGUUGGUUGCUUUCUAUGAACUGAGGACAUGCUUGUCCUCAACAUGUUUGUGUUCUUCUCUUGUUCUGCAGUGAAGUGGAACCUGAACGAUGAGAGCACACACUUCAAGCUGACCAUUAUGGAGAACAUUGUCACAGCACUCAUCUUCAUCAUUGUU